AGUUGUUAUCGGUAAAAAACAAGUUUUACGUUAUCGAUUACGGCUGUUAUCAAUCGAAAUGAUUUAAGAAUUACAAAAAAAAUUUCGAGCAUUUAAUUUAAUGCUGAGAAGUGUCAAAACAAAAAUGGAUUUUUUAGAGGAAGGUAGAUGGAAAGAUCCGUUUGAUGAACUUUUGGACUCCAGAACGAAACUAAGUAAAAUGAACAUAGUAAAACAAAAUGUAAGAGUACCCUAUAACAUUGACUCCAGUGUUGAAAAUAGCAGCUACAUAGAAAUAAAGGAACCAAAUUACGAAAACGAACCUUUAACUUUUGAAGAUUGCUCUAUAAAAGUGUACUGCCCCAGUGAUUCUAUAUCAACUCCUUGCGAUAAACGAUUAGGAGGCACAGUAUUAUUUCAAUCCGAUCUCUCUCCAAUUACUCACUUAAAACUUGAAGGGGUUGAACACAGUAGAGACAAAUGCGCUGAUACUAAAGAGUCAGAUUUAUAUGUAAAUGUUGAUAUUCCUUUUCAAAACAUAAUUGCCAGUCCAAAAAAAGGCCCUAAUUUCGGGAAAAAGCGAUUAAGUAACUCAAAUGAGAUGGUUACUGUUGUGCACCCUUCGAUUUCAUUAAAUCCAGGAAAAUGGAGAAAAUCGCUAAACAAUUUUAUCAGAUCUAAAAUAAACGAAACAAAUUUCACGAAAAAGGUAGAACAUCGAAGUUCAAUAUGCCAGGAUCGAAAAUCAUUAGUUUUGAAAGGUGAACAUAAAUUUGAGAAUAAAUGUGAAGAAGAUGUUCUUAAAUAUUGCCAUCAGUGUACACCACUUCCCUUUAAUGCUACAUACGAACAAUAUAAAUUAUUGAAUUCUAAAAAGAUUGGCGAGGGGGCUUAUGGAGAAGUAUUUCGUUGCUCGGCAAAUCAAAAAGUAUUAAAAGAGCAUAUCUCUGAUAUUGUAUUAAAGAUUAUACCUUUAGAGGGUUCCACUGUAAUAAAUGGAGAAAAGCAAAAAACAUUCAGUCAAAUUUUACCAGAAAUAAUUAUAACUAACAAAAUGUGCAGCCUUCGAACAAGUAAAACUAAUUCUACGAAUGGAUUUGUGAGCAUACGCAAGGUAUCACUAGUUAAAGGAAGGUAUCCACCACAUUUUAUAAAUCUUUGGGAAAAGUAUGACAACGAAAAGGGAUCUGAGAAUGACCAUCCGGAACUUUUUGGAGACAAUCAACUUUUUGCAGUCCUAGAACUAAAGUUUGCAGGAAGUGACAUGGCAAAUUUUAAAUUUUUAAAUUCCGAACAAUCAUAUUACGCUUUAAAACAGAUUAUUCUAGCGCUUGCUGUUGGUGAAGAAGCGUAUCAAUUUGAGCACAGGGACCUUCAUUUGGGAAACAUAUUAAUUGAAUACACCAAUAAGAAGCACGUAAUUUGUACAUUCAAAAACACUAAAUUAACUGUGCCUUCAAAAGGAGUGAACGUUACUAUUAUUGACUACACUCUUUCAAGAAUUACAAUUAAUGACUGCUGCUAUUUUAAUGACCUCUCAAGAGAUGAGGAACUUUUCCAGGCAACAGGAGAUUAUCAAUACGAUGUCUAUCGAAUGAUGCGGAAUGAGGUUAAGAACAACUGGUCAUCGUUUUCACCAAAAACAAAUAUCAUAUGGCUGUCAUAUGUUAUCGUUAAGAUACUGGAUAGCGUGAAAUACAAAAGUAUCAAUACGAAGGUUCACAGGAUGUACAUUAAUAAAAUAAAGGAAUUGCAAAACAUUAUAAUGACAUUUCAAAGUGCUUCUCAAUGCGCAAAUUAUUUGUUUAAUUUAAAUUAAGAUGUAUGUUACUGAUUAAAAAAGGUUUCAAAAUAUAUUUAAAAGUGAACUUAAAAAAAUUCAACAUAAAACAAUCUCUUAGGAAUUAAAACGACACACGCACUCAUCGGCAAUGUCAACAAGACGAGCGCCGGCUCUCUUUACGCAACAAUGCAUACUUUGAUUUCGUCUCGCCGCAAAUUGAUGAUCGAGCACCCUCACUAACUCGAAAAAAAACUUUUGCUCUCUGUGAACGAUAGACCGCGUUCUUGCUCUCCCUCUCUGCCUGCUUCGGCACACAAGUCGUGGAGCGAAGAGACAGCCUCUCCUACCCCUCUCUACAUUCGGCACCAAACGAACAUUCCGGGAAACUGUAACACUGAUUUAACAAGUGUCACUACUACCACGACAGCAACUUCGUCAGCGGCUCAACUAAUUAUCGCAGUGCCAGCUGUUAGUAUUUCAGCAACAAAAAAGAACCAAAACAAAAGCAGAAGACGAUUCCGACUGUGCAGACUGGUAUGGAUCGCUACAUCGAAAUCAAGAAAAAACUCAGGCCGCAAAACAAUAAAGCGGUUAAUCAACCCGAAAUAAAAAAAGCCAAUGAAAACUCUGGAGUUAACAAUUCAAACCGAUAUGCUAUAUUGGCGGAUUCUGCGACCGAACAACACAAUGAAAAACCAAAAAAGACCACGGCCUCCACCUAUAUUUAUACGAGAACAGAAUACAAACGCACUCGUAAAUAAACUCGUUGCAUUGGGUGGUGACAGCGAAUUCCACAUUAUCCCGCUUAAAAAAGGAAAUAUUCAUGAAACAAAACUACAGAUUCAAACAGAAGCAGACCACCCUAUAGUGACUAAAUACCUAAAUGAAACAGCGUGUGGCUAUGUAAAGCAUGUGCCUUGUAGUUGGUGAUCUAUUGGACUGCCACUCCUUUUGUGGGCGUUGUUUGUCUAAUACCAGCCGUUCGACUUCCGAAAUCAUAUCCCCGACGGAGCAGGGACCCACCCACCACUGGAGAUCGAACUAAUAUGUAAAGUGAAUUAAAAUAUAGAUCAAGAAAACGAAAA